CAGCCCAGAGCUAAGUUUAUCAGCAGCAGCAGCCACUAACCUAUUUGAAUGUCUAGGAGUUCUCCUGCCAACCUCUCCUACUGUGAGCUACAAACCCCUGCCUCUGUCGUCUAGUCCACGUGUUCCUCUAGCUUGCUCCUAGUUCUUAACUCUGUACGUUUAUCUGAAGGUUUUUUGGGGGAGCUUAUUUGUGUGUGUGAAGAAAAGGCCAGGUUGUCAACAUGCAGUCGUGUGCGAGGUGUGGGUUCGUGGUCUACCCAGCGGAGAAGAUCAACUGCAUUGACCAGAACUGGCACAAGGCCUGCUUUCACUGUGACGUCUGCCGCAUGGUGCUCACUGCCAACAACUUUGUGAGCCACCAGAAGCGGCCGUACUGUUCAGUACACAAUCCCAGGAACAACAGCUUCACCAGCGUCUAUCAGACGCCUGUCAACAUCAACGCCAAGAUACAGUCCAAGGCGAGCAGUGAGCUGAAAUAUCGUGAGGAUGGCGAUCGCUUUAUGUCCACCUUCCACUAUGACAUGAAGUCCCUGGCCCUCGAGAAGGCUCGCCUAGCCAAUCAGAUGGCCAGCCAGACCCAGGCCUACACCUCCCACUCUGGGUUCACCUCGGAGCAGCAGACGUGGUACUCUGGCACGGUGAUGAACCAGGAUAUGGUCAGUGUAUCCCAGAAGACCAUAAGUGACGUGAACUAUGUGGAGGACUUCAACGAGUCCAAAGGGAAAGGCAGUUUCCCUGCCCUGAUAACACCAGGCUACCAGACCGCUAAGAAUGCUAACAUGCUAGCUAGUAACGUGGAGUAUAAAAAGGGCCACGAGGAGCGAGUAUCAAAGUACACGACCUUCGCUGACCCCCCGGAGGUCCUGCUGGCCAAGACUCAGAGCCAGAUCGCCAGCAACUAUGCCUACACGGAAGAGUACGGCCAUCAGAGAGGGAAGGGCAGCUUCCCAGCUCACAUCACCCCGGGGUACUUGGUGUCCAAGAAGGCCACCGAGAUGGCCAGUGGCGUAAAGUACCGUCAGAUGUACGACCAGGAGAUGAAGGGCACGGCCAGCGCGGAGGCCGGGGCCUCGGAGGCCCUGCAGGCCAAGGAGAACGCUGGCGUCAGCCAGAUUGCCUACACAGAGCAGUACGAGCAGCAGAGAGGGAAAGGAAGUUUCCCCGCCAUGAUUACCCCGGGAUACAAGCUAGCUAAACAGGCCCAGGCCCAUGCUAGUGAUCUGAAGUACAGGAAAGACCAGAAGAAGAUGAAGGGCACCUCACACUUCACCAGCCUGACGUCAGAGGACAACCUGGCGCUGAAGAACGCUCGCAAGAUCAGCAAGCUUGUCAGCGAGAACGAGUACAAGAAGGACCUGGAACACUCCAAAGGUCACAGCAUCAACUUCUGCGACACGCCGCAGUUCAAAAGCCACGCCAAAGUCGCCAAUUUCACCAGCGACAAUAAGUACAAGGAGAACUACAGACAGAGCAUGAAGGGCCACUAUGAAGAUUCUGGUGUGGAUCAGAAGACUGCCCACGCCAUGAAAGUCCGGAGCCUUGCUAGUAACAUCUCCUACAAACAAGGCUAUGAGAACGAGAAGACGGAGCAUGGCGAGUACAGCUACCCAGCGACCCAGACGCCGGGCUACCAGAGCCAGAAAAAACUAGACCCGCUCAAGGAUAAAAACUACCGUCAGCACAUCGAUCAGGUGAAGUACAGCACAGUGACAGACACGCCUGAGAUCGUCCAAGCCAGAAAGAAUGCCCAACUGGUCAGCAACCUGAACUACAAAGCCAACUAUGAGAAGACCAAGCACCAGUACACCCUGCACCAGGACCUGCCCGAGAUCAGGAAUGCCAAGGCCAACGCUGCGCUCUGUAGCGAUAUCAAAUACAAGGAGGAGUGGGAGAAGAGCAAGUCCAAAGCGUGUGACAUCGGCGUGGACACCCUGACCUUCAAAGCGGCCAAGCAGUCUCGAGACCUGGCCAGCGAUAUCAAGUACAAGGAGUCCUUCAGGAAGAACAAGGACACGGCGGUGUGCGCCAACGUCAGCGACUCCAAGACGCUGCACUCUCUCCACGUGGCCAAGAUGAACAACGACAUCGAGUACAGGAAGGGCUCCAAGGAGAACCAGGGCCAGUUCAGCCUGUCCUCAGACAUGAUGAACAUGAGCCAUGCCAAGAAGGCCCAGGCGUUGGCCAGCGACCUGGACUACCGCAAGAGGCUCCACGACUACACCGUCAACGCUGACGACAUCAAGGUGCAGCAGGCCAAGAAGGCCUACAACCUGCAGAGCGAGAACCAGUACCGCUCGGACCUGAACUGGAUGAAGGGAGUGGGCUGGGAGGCCGAGGGCUGCAUGGACAUCACCCAGGCCAAGAAGGCUGGAGACCUGCUUAGUGACACCAAGUACCGGCAGAAGGUGGACAGCAUCCGGUACACUCAGGCUGCCGAUGACAUCACCAUCAAACACGCGCAAAAGAGCCAGGAGCUCCAGAGCAACCUGGCAUACAAGGCAGACACGGAGCAGACCAUGCAUCAGUACACCAUGACCAAUGAAGAGCCGCUCUUCAAACAGGCCAAGGCCAACGCCAACCUUCUGAGUUCGAAAGUGUAUAAAAGCCGCUGGGAGGAGCAGAGGGAGAAGGGAUUUGAACUGCGUCUGGACGCCCUCUCCUUCCUCACCGCCAAGGCCAAGAGAGACCUGGCCAGCGACGUGAAAUACAAGGAGAAGUAUGAAAAGAAUAAGGGCAAGGUGAUCGGCAUCAAGUCGUCGUCUGAUGACUCCCAGAUGGCCCACUCGGCCCAGGCCACCAAGCUACAGAGUGAUAUCCAUUACAAGAAGGACUUUGUGGACUCCAAGACCAACUACAGUGUUUCUUUGGACAUGAUGAAUAUCAGUCAGGCCAAGAAGGCCCAGGGCCUUGCGACCGACCUCAACUACAGGACUGUCCUCCAUGAGUACACAACUCUCCCGACGGACAUGAAUGUCGCAUGGGCUAAAAAGGCUUAUGAUCAACAUAGUGAGAAACAGUACCGGUCGGACCUGAACUGGAUGAAAGGGGUGGGCUGGGAGACGGCUGGCUCCCUGGAUGUCCAGCAGGCCAAGAAGGCUUGCGACAUGGCCAGCGAGAACAAGUACCGGCAGGAUGUGAGUUCCCUGAAGUACACCAGUGUGAAGGACACGCCAGAGAUGGUUCAGGCCAAAGCCAGCAACAUACUGUCUGUGGACAGGCUGUACCGGCAGAAGGCUGAGAGCCUGAAGCACAACUACACACUUAGCGGAGAACUUCCAGAGCACAUCCAGGCCAAGAUCAACGCACAGAACAUCAGCGAGAGCAAAUACAAGGAGUCGUGGAACAAGGUGCGCGACGGUGGCUACAAGUUGCGCCUGGACGCCAUUUCCUUCCAGUCCGCCAAGGCAUCCGGAGACAUCCUCAGUGACCAAAAGUACAAGGAGCAGUUUGAGAAGACCAAGGGGAAGAUGAUCGGUCUGAAGGGCCUCGAGGAUGAUCUGAACCUCUCUCACUCAGUCCAGUCCGGCAAGCUGCAGAGCGAUAUCAAGUACAAGCAGAAGUCCACCAAGGGGCUGUCCCAGUACCACCUCUCCAUGGACAUGCUGGAGGUGGCCCACGCCAAGAAGGCCCAGGCGCUGGCCAGCGACCAGGACUACCGGCUGACCCUGCACAACUACACCUCCCUGGCCGACGACGUCCAGACCCAGGCCGCCAGGAAGGCCUACGCCCUGCACAGCGAUAAAGUGUACCGGGCGGACCUCAAUUACCUGCGGGGGGCGGCGUGGAUCGCCACCGGGGCGCUGGGGAUCGAAGGCUCCAAGAAGGCCUCUGAACUCAUCAGUGAUAGAAAGUACAGACAGCAGCCGUACCACUUCAAACACACGUCAGUGGCGGACUCCCCCGACAUCCUCCACGCCAAACUCAGUGGACAGGUGGCUAACGAGCGGUUGUACAAAGUGCAAGGAGCAAACAACCGCCACAACUACACCCUCACGGCCGAAAGACCUGAAAUCACCCAGGCUAAGAUCAACGCGGCGAACUUUAGCGACAUCAAGUACAAGGAGUCGUGGCACACGCUGAGGGCCCAGGGCUACAGGCUGACCAUGCAGGACAUCCCCUUCCAGGCCGCCAAGACCUCCACGGGCAUCGCCAGCGACAUCCAGUACAAACACAACCACGUGCUCGACAAAGGCAAGCACAUCGGCGCCAAGAGCGUGACGGACGACCCCUACCUGGUCCACUGCCUGCAGGCCGGCCGGCUGGCCAGCAACCAGGAGUACGGCAAGGAGGCGCGCACGGACAGCGGCAAGUUCCACCUGAACCAGGACAUGAUGGGCCUGGUGACGGCCAGGAACGCACAGGCCCUGGCCAGCGACCAGGACUACAAGACCCGGCUGCACGACUACACCGUGCUGCCCGACGACAUGAAGGUCCAGUGGGCCAAGAAGGCCUACGACCUGCAGAGCCAGAACCAGUACAAGUCAGACCUGAGCUUCAUGAAGGGCGUGGCCUGGGACGGCGUGGGCGCCCCUCAGAUGGAGUCGGCCAAGAAGGCGGGAGACCUGCUCAGUGAGAAAAAGUAUCGUCAGCCUUCUGACCGCCUGAAGUUCACCUCAGUGACGGACUCUCCAGACAUGGUCCACGCUAAGAACAGCUAUCAGCAGUGCAGCGAGAGGCUGUAUAAGUCCGGCAAGAACGACGACAUGCAUAAGUACACCCUGCACGGCGACGACCCCGACUUCCUCAGAGCCAAACUCAACGCUCAGCAAAUCAGCAACAAAGCGUACAAGGCGUCCGCAGACCAGGGGAUGUCCGUGGGCUACGACCUGAGGUUGGACGCCAUCCCCUUCCAGACCGCUAAAGCCUCCACAGCGAUCGCCAGUGAUCUCAGCUACAAAGAGUCCCACCUGCGGGAGAAGGGCCAGCAGGUGGGCCUGCUCAGCGUGGCCGACGACCCCAAGAUGGUGCACUCGCUGGCGGCCAGCAAGCUGCAGAGCAACCUGGAGUACAAGCGGCAGUCCAAGGAGGAGCGCGGCCGCUUCAAGAUGGGCGCCGACCAGCCCGAGUUCCAGCAGGCCAAGAAGAGCCAGGCGCAGGCCAGCGACCUGACCUACCGCCAGAGGCUGCACGACUACACCUGUGACCCCCAGCAGCUCCACCUGCAGCACGCCAAGCAGGCCUACAAGCUGCAGAGCGACGUGAACUACAAGGCGGACCUGAACUGGAGCAGGGGCGUGGGCUGGACCCCCCCAGGCUGCCACAAGGCGGAGCUGGCCCGGCGGGCAGCGGAGCUGGGGCUGGCGGAGGGCGUGACCACCGACGAGGCCAUCGCCCAGUACCAGCAGCUCAUGAUGAUCCACCACCAGAGGCGCAUGAUGGAGCAGGAGGAGCAGCAGCAGCAGCAGCAGCAGAGCUCAGAGCUCGUGGAGACCAGCGAGGAGAUCCACGACGGCGUCAACAUGGACGCCAUGGAGAUCCUCCACGUCAAGAAGAACAAGGCCCUCCAGAAGAAGAGCAGCAGCAGCACCACCACCACCUCCUCCUCCACCUCCUUCAGGUCCAUGCAGAAGAAGAGCACCUCGUCCUCCUCAAAGCAGUCCGCCAUCAUCACCUCCUCCUCCUCUUCCUCCUCCUCCGCCGCCGCCACCGCUGCGUUCGAGAACAUGCUUCAAGAAGCUACCAUGUCCGGGAAACCGCCCGCCAUCGAAGAAGCAUAAACGCGCGUCUGGGGACGUUCGUGGUGAGGGACACUUUCAAGAUGGCGUGGUUCAUGUUUACCUGGCUGUCGGUUCACUUUGCAGUUGGUGUUGAAGUAUCAAGUAUUGAUUUGGAAUGUUUGUUGCGUCUGUCGUGAUGCCACACAGUGAUGCUAAUGUGUAGCAAGAGGGAUCUGAAUGGGUGUUAUGUUUUUAUAUAGAGACCAGUUAUUUAUAUAGAGUGUAUCCAAGUCACAAACCCGGUGGAGAAGGCCAGUGAAGUGAAGUGAAGGGAGUGACACAUGGGAAAUGCGGUUAAAGUGUUCGGGAAGUUUAAGGAAAAGUUUAAUGAGGAGAAAAGCGUAAACACAGCUGUGGGUCAACACGUUACCAUCGGUAACAAAGUCAGGUUUAUAGCAACCUGCUUGACUUUUGAAGGAGGUUGAACAGCACUAGAAAUAUUGAUUGACGAUGUAGUGGGAGGAUUAUGGUUUUAAGUAAGUUUGGUUUGAAACGGUCUCACUAGGCAGGUUCCUGAGAAAGUGGAGUUUAUAGGAUCAGUAAUAAGUCAAAAGGCCAUAAUUCUCAACACAAGGAUUUAUAAUUCAUGCAGUGCCUUCUUGAUCAGAAGCCAUUCCAAUCAAUUGGACGUGGCAUCGACCAUCACUUCAGGAAGGAUCCCCUCUAUAGCGAUUCCCUCGACUGGUUUGAGCCCUGCAGAAGAGUGUUUUGGGAGCUGUGGCACCAAGGGUGAAAGUUACAUUUACGGUCUGGCAGGUUCAGCUAUGCAAGCAUGAAAUGGCGCCUAUUUAAACUCAAGCUGGACUGGGAGUAAAGUACCUAAAAUAAUGAAAUGAUGAUCAACAAUAAUAAACCCGGUUUGUUAAAAGCAA